AUACUGGGUCCUGGUGGAGACGGGUAGAAAAGUGAUGCAUACACCUUCAGGACUGUGUGAAAAGACAAAAGAGGAGUCAAACUUAUCAUAAAAGGAGGUUACACGGCAGAGAAGAGAAGAUUCACAGAGGAGUUAUUCACCACAAAGAGUGGAGAAUGACUGACCAAAACGGUGUAUUCAUGGGGAUGGACCUGCUUUGCCAGGUGAACAGCCAUGCCCAUCGUACAGAGGAGAUGGACGUGGAAAGGCUGCUGGUUCGUAGGGGGCAGCCCUUCUCCCUUGCCUUGCAGUGCUUCACAACCCUGCCCCCUAAACACAAACUAGCCAUGAUCUUGCAUCUAGGUAAGGAGGGUGAGGUGGUUGUGAAGGUGUUGGAUGCCCGUGCUGGCAGUGACAAGUGGUGGUUCCGCCAGCAGGGGGCUCAGAGUGAGGUGCUGCUGACGAUCCACAGCCCAGCAGACGCCCCUGUGGGAAUCUACAGCGUGACAGUGCUGCUCCUCUCCCCUGAUGGACACAUCCUGGAGAAGACAACACCAGAGUCGUUCUACCUGCUCUUCAACCCCUGGUGCAAAGCUGACUCUGUGUACCUCCCUGAUGAGGAGCUGCUAGAGGAGUACAUCCUGAAUGAAAAUGGCCUCCUUUACCAGGGUUCCUGGGACCAGAUUUCCUCACUACCCUGGAACUUUGGACAGUUUGAACAAGAUGUGGUGGACAUCUGUUUUGAAAUCCUGGACAAUUCACCUGCUGCACUGACAAACCCAGAGAUGGACACAGCCAACCGAGCAGACCCAGUGUACGUGAGCAGGACAAUUACUGCCAUGGUGAAUGCUAAUGAUGACCGUGGCGUGGUGUCUGGCCGUUGGGACGGGAAGUACGAUGACGGGGUGCCGCCCACACGUUGGACUGGCAGUGUGCCCAUCCUCAGGCGCUGGAGUGAGGCCGGGGCACAGAGGGUGCGCUACGGACAGUGCUGGGUGUUCUCAGGCGUAGCCUGUACAGUUCUUCGCUGUCUGGGCAUACCCACUCGCCCAGUUACAAACUACUCCUCUGCCCAUGACACUGAUGGCAACCUGAAUGUGGACUAUCUGUAUGAUGAGCAGCUGGAGAGUGUGUCUGAAGGCAGGAAGGACAUGAUCUGGAACUACCAUUGCUGGGUGGAGUCCUGGAUGGACAGGGAGGAUCUUCCUAAAGGCUAUGAUGGGUGGCAGGCUCUGGAUCCCACCCCACAGGAGAGGAGUGAUGGGGUGUACUGUUGUGGGCCCUGUCCAGUGAAGGCAGUGAGGGAUGGUGAUGUGGGGAUGAAGUAUGAUGCAGCCUUCGUGUUCUCUGAGGUGAACGCAGACCUGGUCACCUGGAUAGUCUACCCAGAUGGCCAACGCUCACAAGUUUCCCUCAACCAGAAUACAGUUGGCCAAAACAUCAGCACCAAGAGCGUGUACGGAGACUACAGAGAGGACAUCACUAAACAUUACAAAUACCCCGAAGGUUCAGUGAAAGAGCGUGAGGUGUAUGAGAAGGCAGGACGGCGGGUAACGCAGCCGAAUGGAGCACCAGGGCAGCUGGAGCUGAAGAUCAAACACGCCCAGGCCAUCCUGGGGACAGACUUUGAUGUGAUAGUGGAGGUGCACAACUUCGGUGGAGAGGACACCCCAGCGCAGCUGACUGUGACGUCCAACGCUGUCACCUACAACAGCCUCCACCGGGGGGAGUGCCAUAGGAAGACUGCCAGCCUGACCGUGCCAGCCCAGAAAGCUCAUAAGGAAGUGCUGCGGCUACGGUACGUUCACUACGGGGCAUGUGUGUCUGAGCAUAACCUGAUCAGGGUCACAGCACUACUCCAGGUCAGCGGCCAGCCCGAAGUCGUCUUACAAGAGGUCAACAUCCAACUGAGCAUGCCUCAGCUCCAUGUCAAGGUAGUGGGAGAUGCAGUUGUAUCUCGGAAAUUGAUUGCCCACAUCAGCUUCACCAAUCCACUGCCUAUUACCCUCAGAGGGGGCGUGUUUACUGUGGAGGGUGCAGGUCUGACAGCAGCGCGGGAGAUCCAAGCACCAGAUGACAUUGGACCAGGUCAAGAGGUCAAGGUCAAGUUGUCCUUCAAGCCCACCCGAGCAGGCCUGAGAAAACUGAUGGUCGACUUUGAUGCAGACAGAAUAAGGGAUGUUAAAGGCAUUGCCACUUUGAUUGUGAGAAACAAGUGAACUGUCAAUUAACAAUGUAUAUCAUAUCAUGUAUAUUUCUAUAUAAAAACAAUUGCCCUGUAAAUGCAAAAUGAAAGUGAGUUGCAAAAUCAUGUGUUUUUUUUCUUCUAUUGUUCUUGAUGAUCUUAUGAAGGGAUUUACAAGCCUUGGCAAAGAAAGAUGGGUCUCUGAAUCCAAAAGUAUUGCUAGAGUCCGGAGACUAAAUAUAUUUGUGAGACUAAUGUAACCAUACCCUUUGUCAUGUAGAGUAGGCCAGAAGCCUAAACUGAAAAACCUAACCUCUAUCAAAUAAAAA